CAUCAACAAGGCUUUUUUAAACUGCAUCAACAAGGCUUUUCCCAUAUAUAUUCCAUUUCCCAUCGCAAGAAACGACAGAGCUUGCAUUGCUAUUUGCUAAAAGGAAAAAGGAGGAUGUACAAAUCCAGGCUGCAGGAGCUCUGCCAGCAGAGGAAAUGGCGGUUGCCGGAGUACAACACCACCAAAGUUGGCCUCGACCAUAACCCUAGCUUCUCCGCCACCGUCACAAUCAACGGCCUCGACUUCCACACUGUCGAUAUCUUCAGGUCCUCCAAAGAAGCCCAAAACGACGCUGCUAAGCUCGCCUUCGACCACCUCUCUGAUAAUCCCCAACCCAAACCCAGGAAUCCCAUUCCCAGCCCCUCCUCUUUCCCUCAACCAUGUCCUCCCUCUUCCUCCUCCGCUUCCUCGUUCUCAGAUGAAGCACGAGAGAUAGAGAUAGUGGAACCGGCCACUGAUUCCGAUACUACACAUGAAGCACGAGAGAUAGAGAUAGUGGAGCCGAAGACUCAAGAAACGCAUCAGAUUCCUCAGGUGCCACUUCAGUUUAGUGGUAACGUAUCAGGUGCUGCUUCUCAGGCGAAUGCCGCCUUGUCGGGCAAGAUGGGUAUAUUCUCUGAUAUGCAACAUUUGUACAAGAAUCAACUGCAAACUUAUGCACAAAAGAGAAAUCUGCUUCUACCUGUCUACUCUUGUGAGCGGGAAGGUCCACCACAUAACUGUCGUUUCAAGUGUAGGGUAACUAUUGAUGGACAGACAUAUGAGGGUCAAGAGUUUCUUCCCACACUCAAGGAUGCUGAACAUGCAGUUGCAAAAGCUGCUUUAAUGUCCCUUCUUCCAAAUGGAGUUCAAGAGGAUGAUUCUGGUUUGUUCAAAAACCUUUUACAAGAACUGAUUCAGAAGGAAGGUUUUUCUAUACCAAUCUAUAGCUCAAGGAUGUCUGGUGAACCUCACAUUCCAGUUUUUGUUUCGUCUGUGGAGAUAGAAGGAGAAACUUUUAUAGGUCAAGAAGCAAGAAGCAAAAAGCAGGCAGAGUUGAGUGCAGCAAAGGUCGCUUACCAUACCUUGAGAGAGCGUAAAUCAAGUCAGCUACCUUUGGUCAUGUCCUCUCGGAAAGGGCAAGAAGCUUCACAGAUCUUAUCUUCAAGUUUCCAGUCAAAUCCAGCUUCUGAUCAACAUCAACAAGUCAGGCGUAAUGCACCUGCGAUCUUGUCUCCGAAUACCAAUACUAAAGAGAAGAAAAAGGAGAAUAAUGUAACUGCACAAGGAAAAAGUCAACACUCUACGGCAGGUGGGGAAGGAUUCUCUUCCUCUUAUGUUGUACAUGGCCGUGCGCAGGAGAUGAACAACGGUGCUAGCCCUGUGUCCCUAAACGGCUCCACUAAUUGCAUUAUGGACUCUUCUCUUGAGCCACCAGCUAGAAGGAGUAUGUAUAACAAGGUCUCCGUUUACCCACGCAAGUCAAAUAUGGAAUAUCCUGAAGGUACCACUGUGUUGCCCAUGAGCGAUGAAACGUGGGUUGCUUGCUCACACAGAUGAAGGAAGAGGUUUAUAUAGGCCUGACUAAGUUCCUUGUUUAACUAUGAGAGACACAUAGGCUAAGCUUACAUAGUUAUGUGCUUAUAAUGUGUUGUGUUGCUUCAUGUAUGAACCUACCGGACACGGUAUGUCUAUAUUAUGCGAAAUAACUUAGUAUUACAU